GGAAGCUGGCCUCACUGUGAAUCUCCGCUCUGCAACAGGUAACACCCCAAAUACAAAAACCUCGGAGCCAAGUCACUGCUUUCUGCGUAUCAGGAGGUGGAAAAUUCUCCAUAAAUAAGACAUCUCUUCUCUUUGAAAUAAGGAUUUUUUUCCAGUGGAUCUCAGUGAUAUUUUUGAAGUAACAGAACCGGACAGAACCAAACAAGUUGGAAUCACUUUAAGAAAAAAAGGGACGUAGGUGGGAUACGAAAGGAGAAAGAUGAUGGAAUUGAGGAUCCAGCUGAUCCCAACGGGGGAAAUCAUCCUUUCUCCAGGGAAGAACGGAGAAAACUACUGCCAUGGCUGCAAGGUGGUGGCCAGUGACGGCGUGCGGGCUAUGAUGGAGUCGGCCCUGACAGCCAGAGACCGGGUGGGGGUGCAGGACUUUGUCCUGCUGGAGAACUACACCAGCGAGGCCGCCUUUAUAGAGAACCUACGCAAGCGGUUCAAAGAGAACCUCAUCUAUACGUACAUCGGCUCAGUGCUGGUGUCCGUUAACCCGUACAAAGACCUGGAGAUCUACAACAAGAACCACAUGGAGCGAUACCGCGGAGUCAACUUCUACGAGGUGUCGCCACACAUUUACGCGGUGGCCGACAACUCGUACCGCUCCAUGAGGACGGAGAGGAGGGACCAGUGCAUCCUCAUCUCCGGGGAGAGCGGCGCCGGGAAGACGGAGGCGUCCAAGAAGAUCCUGCAGUACUACGCCGUCACCUGUCCGGCCAGCGAGCAGGUGCAGACCGUCAAGGACCGCCUGCUGCAGUCCAACCCUGUGCUGGAGGCCUUUGGCAAUGCCAAGACGUUGCGUAACGACAACUCGAGCCGCUUUGGCAAGUACAUGGACAUCCAGUUUGACUUCAAGGGCGCCCCGGUCGGAGGCCACAUCAUCAACUACCUGCUGGAGAAGUCUCGGGUGGUCCACCAGAACCACGGGGAGAGGAACUUCCACAUUUUCUACCAGCUGAUCGAGGGAGGAGAGGAGGACCUGCUGAGACGCCUGGGCCUGGAGAGGAACCCUCAGCAGUACCAGUACCUGGUCAAAGGUAACUGUCCCAAAGUGAGCUCCAUCAACGACCGCAGUGAUUGGAAGACGGUGAGGAAAGCCUUGACUGUGAUUGGCUUCAACGAGGACGAUGUGGAGGAGUUGCUGAACAUAAUUGCCAGCGUGCUCCACCUGGGGAACGUGCAGUACGGCGGGGAGGACGGCAUCGCCUGCAUCACAUCUGACACUCAGAUAAAGUACCUGGCCCGGCUCUUAGGAGUGAACGGGUCGGUGCUGACGGAGGCGCUCACACACAAGAAGAUAAUUGCCAAGGGGGAGGAGCUGAUGAGCCCACUGAACCUGGAGCAGGCGUCAUCAGCUCGGGAUGCUUUGUCCAAGGCGGUGUACGGACGCACCUUCACCUGGCUGGUUAACAAGAUCAACACCUCACUGACAAACACGGAUGACUCCUUCAAGCAUUACUCGGUCAUCGGCCUGCUGGACAUCUACGGCUUUGAGGUCUUCCAGUACAACAGCUUUGAGCAGUUCUGCAUCAACUACUGUAACGAGAAGCUGCAGCAGCUCUUCAUCGAGCUCACCCUCAAGUCAGAGCAGGAGGAGUACGAGGCCGAAGGCAUCACGUGGGAGCCGGUUCAAUACUUCAACAACAAGAUCAUCUGUGACCUGGUGGAGGAGAAGUUCAAAGGCAUCAUCUCCAUUCUGGAUGAGGAGUGUCUGAGACCCGGAGACGCCAGUGAUCUCACCUUCCUGGAGAAGCUGGAGGACACCGUGGGAGGACACGCACACUUUGUCACUCACAAGCUGGCUGAUGCAAAGACCCGGAAAGUAAUGGGCCGUGAGGAAUUCAGACUGCUGCAUUACGCUGGAGAGGUCAACUACAAUGUCAACGGAUUUCUGGACAAGAACAACGACCUGCUCUUCAGGAACUUAAAAGAGGUGAUGUGCAUGUCGGAGAACAAGAUCCUGAACCAGUGUUUUGACAGAGAGGAGCUGAGUGACAAGAAACGUCCAGAAACGGCGGCCACCCAGUUCAAAGCAAGUCUGGCGAAACUCAUGGAGAUCCUCAUGUCGAAGGAGCCGUCGUACGUCCGCUGCAUCAAGCCCAAUGACUCCAAACAAUCAGGUCGAUUUGACGAGGUGCUGAUCCGCCACCAGGUGAAGUAUCUGGGGCUGAUGGAGAACCUGAGGGUGAGGAGAGCCGGAUUCGCUUACAGGCGGCGCUACGAGGUUUUCCUGCAGAGGUAUAAGUCCCUGUGUCCAAACACGUGGCCUAACUGGCAGGGGAAGCUGUCUGAUGGAGUGGCCACGCUGGUCAAACACCUGGGAUACAAGCCUGAGGAGUACAAACUGGGCAGAUCCAAACUCUUCAUCCGUUUCCCAAAGACCUUGUUUGCCACAGAGGAAGCACUAGAGACCAGGAAACAUAGUCUAGCCACCAAACUGCAGGCUGGAUGGAGAGGCUACAGCCAAAAGUCCAAAUACCAAAAACUCAGAACCUCAGCUAUCGCGGUCCAGGCCUGGUGGAGAGGGAUCCUGGCCAGGAGGAGAGCUCAACGCAGGAGACAAGCUGCAGAUACUAUCCGCAGGUUCAUCAAAGGCUUCAUCUACCGCCACAGAGAGAGGUGUCCGGAGAACGAGUACUUCCUGGACUACGUCCGCUACUCGUUCCUCAUGAAGCUGCGCAGGAACCUUCCCAAGAACGUCCUGGACAAGAGCUGGCCGACGCCUCCAGCUGCUCUCACUGAUGCGUCGGAGCAUUUGCGUAAGCUUUUCAUGCAGAACAUGGUGUGGAGCUACUGCAAGAAGAUCAGUCCCGAGUGGAAACACCAGAUGGAGCAGAAGAUGAUCGCCAGUGAGCUCUUCAAGGACAAGAAGGACAACUACCCUCAGAGCGUUCCCAAACUGUUUGUCAGCACAAGACUCAAUGGGGAGGACAUCAACCCCAAAGUGGUCCAGGCUCUGGGCAGUGAGAAGAUGAAGUACGCAGUUCCAGUCACAAAGUACGACAGGAAAGGCUACAAGGCUCGGCCUCGCCAGCUGCUGCUCACCUCCAACUGCGCCGUCAUCGUGGAGGAGGCCAAGCUGAAGCAGCGCAUCGACUACGGAGCCCUGAAAGGUAUCUCAGUCAGCUCUCUCAGUGACGGCUUGUUUGUUCUGCACGUGCCCAGUGACGACAACAAACAGAAGGGAGACGUGGUUCUGCAGAGCGACCACGUGAUCGAGACCUUGACCAAGAUAGCGAUCUGUUCCGACAAAAUAAACAACAUCAACAUCAACCAGGGCAGUAUAACGUUUACAGUGGGUCAGGGGAAAGAGGGCAUCAUAGACUUCACGCCCGGAUCAGAGCUGCUGGUCGCCAAGGCCAAGAACGGACACUUGUCUGUGACGGCUCCCAGACUGAACUCCAGAUGAUGGACACUCGUACCUACGAUCACCUGACACCUUCUCCCAUCCUCCAAUCACACGACUGCAGACCCCGCUCUGCCUAAGCCAAUCAGACGCCAGCUGCCACCUAACAAAGUGGCUUGUGCUUCCAAUUAAAAAAAAAAAAAAAAAAAAAAAAAAAAAAAAACAGUUACAAAAAAAAAAUACAGCUAAACUAAUUGAUAUAUUUAUGUUUAUAUAUUAUAUUUUUUGGGGGGGAUUAAUACUGUUUGAAUAUUCUGAUUUUAUAUAUAAGGCCAAGGAAUAACAAAUAUUUUUGGUGCACUUUUCUUGCACCGUGUGUGUUUAUUGUGCUUUAUUCGGGAACAUGACCAAGAAAACAACGAGGGGAGAGUCAGAGUCAAUGUUGUUGAUGAAAAUCAGGGUUAGUUGUUGCCUGUUGCCUCUUUUUUUUUAACUUUUUUCUGCUCGAUUUACAGAAUGAAUUCUUAUUUCUUGCUGACACGACGUUUCUAACAGUUUGUUAUUGAAAGGCCGACGGUAUGUUGGAAAGCUGUUGAGAGGUUUCGUGGAGGAGGAAGUGUCCGGAUGUGGCUCUCUAAAACAGAAAAAACAGUUGGAUGUACUACUGAAUAUAAAACACAAAUAUAUGUGUACACGGGUGUAAAAGUACGUGAGAGAAGGCCAGAGAACGAUGAAAGAACGCAGCGGUUUAUUUUCGUGCCUUUUUUCUCUUUGACGAAUUUAAUUCACACUCUGAAUAAAGAAACCAUGACGCUCAGCGACAGAAUGAGUCGAGUUAAGUGUAGAUAACAGAAACCCGUCGACUGUACAGCUUCUUCUCCCGUUUGUUCAGAACCACGUGACCUGCUGUGACCUCAAAGGCCUCCAGCAUCUCACCCUCUGUAGUCGAGCGACAUUUCCUCUCUGCUGUCGUAGAGACGAGGGGCUUCGGCUGAACUGGUCUGAUAGCUUCAUGGGAUGUAUGUGUGUUGAUAAAGAGAGUAAAGUCAGUUCUCUUCAAGGACUUUAUAUAUUUACUUAUUUGUCAGUUUAAAAGAUGGUUUUGCACGUCAGUUCAUCGUUGUAUCAUUACGUUUUGUGUGAAGACGCUCAGUAAACUACAUACUGUCGUCUCCCACAAUGUACGUCACCAAAACGGUUGUUAGCUUGGAAUGCUAGCUAUCUUAGCUUUGUUCCACCCUCACAGCAACUCUUUUUAUUAGACUGGAAGAGAAAGAAGGAUAAGACCUCGUUGUUAGUGAGAGUACAUCCUGUUUCGAAACACACAGACAUCGUAGCUUCAGAAAGAGACGUUGCUUCUAAUCACGUAUUUUCACAAAAUUUGAUUUUCUUGAGGUGCAAAAUUAUCUUUUGAAUUGACAAACAUCACAUGCACAAUUUAAACAGGAUCAAAAUAUUAUUUAUAUCUCGCCGUUGACUUCCCACAUACAUUUUUUCUGAAAUUUGUCCAUGUUGGUCUACAAGAAAAGGCGUGAAUUCGCUUCUCUUUUCAAUAUAUCACUCCAUUUAUACAAUAUGUCUUAGAAACGUGAUGUUUUUAAAGGAAUAGUUUGACAUUUCGGGAAAUAACUCACUUUCUUACUGAGAGUUAGAUGAAAAGAUUGAGUCUGUAUGCUAACUAGGAAGCUACAGCUAGGAAACUGCUAUAAAAGCUUGCUGUUUCAAGUCAUUAUGCUAAGCUAACUGUCUCCUUGCUGUAGCUUCGUAUUUAACGCACAGAUAGGAAAGUCGUAUCGGCAAAACAAAGCACAUUAAAUUCAUUUUCAGGGUACAAAACUUCUAAAUUGUCGUGCAACACUAAAGAAAUCUUCAUUUAAUCAUGACAACAGUUAAAUAUUUAGUCAUCCUCAUGAAAAAUAUCACACCAGUUCAGAUUCAAAGCCUCCUCUAGAACAGUUCUACCGUUAAUAUCUCUAACUUUGACCAAAGACUGAUCCUUAAAAUAAAGUUGUCAUUGAAAACUUUUGAGAGGAGCUCCAAAAUGUUAUUUUUGUUUGUUUUCUUUUCGUUCCCGCUCAAUGACUUAACUUUUUCUCCGGGUUUUUUGUUUUUUUUGCGAGGCGGGUGCAAUAUACUCCCUGUCAGAAACUGUGCUACUGCACUUAAAAAACCACACUAGCCAAAGACCCUGUUGAUUUCUAGUGAUUCUGUGUUUGUAUGAUUUAUAUGAUUUUAUUGUGUCGGUUCUGGACGUGUUGUUGUUUCAGGAGGGAGAUCUAAAUGUACAGUUUGUGUUCUGUGUUAUACGAGACGAGAGAUUCAGGCCAAGUGAGGUUUGAUUUUUGAGGGAGGAAAAAAGCUUCUGGUAAUGUUUUGUCGAGGCAAACUUGUUCACGUGCCUUUUUUGUCGGAUAGCAAUACAACAGAUUCGUACAACAGACGGAGGUUCGCCCGUCGCUAACAGGUUUUUUUCCCAGCAGCACUUAAAGGUUUCCUCCCUCUGUUUGUUUGUGUAUAAGCUUUAUUCAAACCAAAAGUCUGUUCAUUGAUUUUACAGAUGCACUCCUGUUAUCAGACUUACUGUAUGCACCAAACCAAUGUAGAGUUAUACCAACACACUAAAAGAUGAGAUACUAAAAGAUUUGAGAAAUAAAUUUAAAA